GCCAAACUGAAACGGGCAUGUGGGCGCCUGCGUUCGACGCUGCCAGCGGAUGCACGUACUACGUGCACUCGAUCACGGGCGAAAGCGUGUGGGACAUCCCACCGGGCGACGAGGUAUCGACGGUCGACGCUGCAAGCAACGGCGAUGCGACUUCCACGUGGCAAUUUGGAGGCAUGGACGACGACGGGCAGUUCUUCUUCGUGCAUGCUGCGACCGGCGCCCGCGUCCGACACCUUCCUUCCGAUGUCGACGAAGACGCAACGGGCGUACACGCCGGUGGCGACACCAGUCCAAGCGACACUGCGCUACCAGAGCUUGCGAGUGGCAUCGAUCCAGACGUGCACGCGUGCAUUUUGACGCUGCUUCGCGACGUCGAGACGCACUUGGGGCCGUGGCUGCGGCGCAAGCAGCGCAAUUCCAAGGCGCUUCAACGUAGCAAGCAGCGCCGGGCGUCGCCAACAAAGGUGCACGCACCGCCCAAGCCGUCUUCGAAUCAGCAGCAACAGCAGGCGCCGCACCCUGACGAAAUCGAGGUCGAAGUUGCCAAGAUCCAAGCGCGGUUUGUGACGCGGCGCGCCCGCCUCGUCCAGAAAGCAAUUGCGUCCGAGCGCACGCGCGUUCGUCAGUUCCAGAUCGAUUUGCGCCAGCACAUGACGCGCCGCCUCAUGCACCGAGCGACCAACGGCCUCGACGUGCACGGCAAGAUCCACCUUCAAGUACCCGAGGUCGACACGCCAAAGACGCUGUACGAGAGCGAAGAGCGCGUCGCGCAGCGCACCGGAGCCACACGAGCGCUGGAGCGCGUCUUUGUCCUCAUGGAUCCACGCCAGAUUGGCAAACUCAGUGCGCUGCACAUUCUGUACUGCCUCGCGGCCGAACCGUGCCUCGAGGCCGCCGUCGCGCACAGACGCGGCUUGCGCUUGCUCGUGUCGUCGAGCGACAUGCAGGCGCUCUUCCUUGAUCUCGGCGUCGUCGACGUCGACAUGUUUGUGUACUUUGUCGAUGUCGCGGAAGAAAUCUCGGAACACAUUCAUCACCUAAAAGCCGCGAUCGAGGCCGCGGGGCUUGGCAUCGUCGCGCCAGAGCUCGCCACGUGGGAGAGCAGUCUCUCGAAUGUCAAGACGCCCGAGACGAUCCAGUACCCCAACAGAAAGCUCGUGCUGCUCAACCACCUCGUCCGGUCGUUCAGCCACGCCAUGGAGGCGCUUCUUGGACAGCUACAGCAUCUGCUCUUGCUGAGUUCUGAGCUACCCCCCAACGCACUGCUCUGGGAGUACAACCACAAGCACGUGUACAUCCAGCUAUCCUCAAAUCUCCCGCUGUAUUGCUGCAUGUGCCGGCGCAACCGAUUUCGACUCGGGAAGCUCCGCCGAUACCAAGACGAAGAAGCCUACCGGCACGCCUGGGGGCGGCUCCUCGCAGACCGCAUGGCCGACAUUGAGCAGGACCUCAAAAUCGCGAUGGACCAAGCACCGCGGGCCGUCGCCACCGUGCGGCACCGGGGUGACCCGCACCGACUGCGGUUUGCGCCACAGCGAAAUGCGUCCGUCGCAGCGAGCGUCGUAGAGGACCUCGUCGCAGCCGUCGAGCUUUUGCACCGCGACAUCAAUGCGCCCAGUAGUCCGAGCCGGCACGACCACAUUUUUAUUCGGGACUCCAAGUGGCUCCUGCACAAGCUCACGCGAGCACGCGAAGAGCUGGAGCUCCAAGAGUACGAACGCAGCUGGCUCUUUGAAGAAGACGAAGCAGCGCACGACCUCAUGGAGAACCUCAAGGUCUCGAUCGAGGCACCACUGGCCCACAUCCAAGAGAGCGGGCACAAGGAGUUUCAGCGACUCUCCCACGCGUGCACGCUACCGUCGAUCUUCCUUCAGCGAUUACACUACGACCGGCUCUUGGCUGCGCGCCCCACGACUGGGCAGCUCGUGCUGCGCAUGUAUGACAGCGCGACCAGCGCAUACUGCGUCCUCUACAUUGCCUCGUCCACGACGUCGCGGGAAGCAGCGUUCGUCGUCGAGACAGCCCAGCGCAUGCAGGCGCGACUGAGCGAGACCAACCUCGUUGCUGUCCACCACGCCUUCUCGUGCGUGUACCAGCAGUUUGCAGCGAUGAACGGCAACCUCAACGAGUGCUGGCCAGUGACUUUUGUCGCGCUCGACGACUGCAUCCUUGGGGAGUACUUGACGUCGGCGCCAUCGCCGCUGCCGCAAGCCGACGUCCUCUCCAUUAUGACAACGGUGGCGGCAGCGCUGGCGUCGCUGCACAGCCAAGGCAUUUUGCAUUUGAAUUUGACGCCGUCCAACUUGUACCGGACGCGAGACCAUCAACUCAAAGUGGGCGGCCUCCUCCUCUUCAAGACACCGUAUAGCGAGUCCGACGUCGCUGCGGGCAUGCGUCGCAUGGCGCACUUGCUGUCACCGGUCAUUGUGCCGCCGGAGGACGACGCUGUCUCUGAAAAGACAGACAUGUGGGCCCUCGGCUGCCUCCUCUACUACCUCGUGACUGGAUCCAAUCAUAUGUGCAAACUCAAGCCGUUGUCGUUCCUCAUGAAUGAAAUUCCUCUGCGCUACGGCACAAGUCUCCGCACGUGCCUCCGCAUGCUUUUGCAGCCGACGGCAAAACACCGACCGUCGGCCGCCGACAUUUUCAACUUUUUAUCGCUUGCGAGUCCCGACGAAGCGCCCAGUGGUAUCCCGAGUCUUUCGCACAAGAAAAAAUCAACGCCCGAGCUUGAGCCACUGCGUCCCGCGCCCGUAUAGCGCUCUUGCUAUAGCGACAAUGACGAACUAAAUACCGAAUAUUCUUUGC